AUGUCAGAUGCUGCUACACUAGAACUCUUAGACAACUUAGGGAAGAGGGCUCAGGCUGCUGAAACCUUCGAGGGUUGGGAUCAAUUUUUUGAAGGCGCAGAGCAAAUAAUUUAUGAACAAAGAGAGCAUAACGAAUCAAUUUCUGAAAGUGUUGUUCUGAAAGUGGAACAACUGUGCGAAGAAUUACUGACCCAAUAUCCUUUGAUUGUUAGAUAUUGGAAGAGAUAUGUUGCAAUGGAAUAUCAAUUGAGAGGUAUAGAGGCAAGCUUGAAACUGCUGAGAGGCGCUUUGCACAUAUUCAGCUCGUCUAGUGAACUUUGGUGUGACUACCUGAGUAUUAUAAUUAACAAUAAACUCGAGGCUUCAACAACAAUAAAAAAUCUUUUUGAACAAGCUAUUGAUACCUGCGGGAGGCAGUUUUUAUCUCAUCCACUAUGGGAUAGCUAUUUGAAAUGGUUGGUAUCUUUCAAUGGAGAAUCAGAAGCGUACUUUAAGUCAUUACUGAAGGUUGUGCAAAUUCCACUCUAUGAAUAUAGUAAAUACCAUAAAGCUCUUAUAGAUUCUCUUCAGCAUGAAAAUUCGAAAGGUAAGGUCAAAGUCUUGCUAGGGGUCUCUAGUGAAGAAGAGCUUUACCAAACGGUGGAUCACAUUUGUAACAGGACACAAGAAGCAACGAAUAAACGCUGGCCAUAUGAAUCUUUAAUCAAACAACCAUUUUUCACUUUUGAGGAACCUUCUGAUGAUGAAUUAAAUAAUUGGAAUAGUUACCUGGAUUUUGAAGAAACACACGGCGAUAAGAAUCAAGUGAUUGCUUUAUACGAAAGGUGUUUAAUACCUUGCUCAAGGCUGGAGAGUUUCUGGAUUAGAUAUACAAAUUGGUUCCAGAGGUCCAACGAGAAUGAAAUCGAUCAACUGAUGGCUAUUUUCAGGAGGGGAUCAGAUUUGUUUUUGCCACCCGAUAGGCUUAAGUUCAGAUACAUGUUUGCUGAAUAUUUGAGCAAAACUAGCGACGUCAACGUGGCCGCUGCCCUGAAUAUAUUUCACACUAUGUUCAAGAAACUUCCUGGGAAUUCUGAGGUUGUUAGAUAUUAUUUACAACUUAUUUUGCAACAUAGAAAGGGCCAUAAUUUUAUCAGUGAACUGCAAAUCGUUCUAGAGCAGGUAUGUCGUAGGAAUGACAACAAGAGGGCCAUACUAAAUAGUAUUGAAAAUCAGGAUCUCCUCAAAUUACUGGAAAUUUUGAAUAAGAAAACGAUAACAGCUGUUUUGACUUUACUAAUUAAGCACUUUUGGACAUUCGGAGAACGUGACCAUGUCGAAUUACCAAGGAAUAUUUUUCUAAGCUACUAUCAACAUGAGUUCUUGAGAUCGAGUAUCCCCUUUUGGGAUCUGUUUUUCAAAUUUGAGUGCAUAGAAAAAUCUAACACAAACCUCACAAAUGUUGUAAACCAUGUUAGCAAUUCACAACGGGUUUCAACGGUCCAAAAAAGUAAUAUUUUGGGAGCUUAUAGAGAUUGCACGCUCAACAAUUUAUUCGCAGAAGGGCCAUUCCCAAAUAUUAACCAACGAUCGAUGUCAGUGGCAAUGACACGCUUGUUGAACGCUGAGAUCAUUUUUCUGGAGCUAAAAGCUGGUAUACCCCGUGAAACGAAGGACUUUGUUGAAAGCGAUAAGCGACUCUUUCAAGAAAAUGGGCAUUCGGGAAUAGCAAUUGAAAAGCAACCAUCAAUUACGAAUGUUUCGAACUUCAGAAAAUCUAUUUUUGAAGAAUCAUCUCCGGCAUCAUUACCUACCUUCAAAAACGUAGAAAAGGCUGCUCAGCCGGUACGUUUCGAAAUUUGA